AUGCCGGGCAAACACUCGGAAGAGGAGCUGGAGGCGGAGGCUGCAGACGAUGAACCCCGAGAGGACCUGGGAGGCCUCACCACGCAGGAGCUGCGGCAGGGCCAGGAGGCCGCUCUGGCCCUGGAGGACAUGAUGGCGCUGAGCGCCCAGACGCUCGUCCGGGCCGAGGUGGACGAGCUGUACCAGGGGGUGCGUCCCCUGGGCCAGGGCCGCUUCGGACGGGUCCUGCUGGUGACCCACCGCCAGAAAGGCACCCCCAUGGCGCUGAAGCAGCUCCCAAAGGCCUCCACCACCCUGCGUGGCUUCCUGUACGAGUUCUGCGUGGGCCUCUCGCUGGGCGUGCACUCGGCCAUCGUGGCCACUUACGGCAUCGGCAUCGAGUCGGCCGACUCCUACAGCUUCCUCACGGAGCCCGUUCUGCACGGGGACCUCAUCGCCUUCAUCCAGCCCAAGGUGGGCCUCCCGCAGCCGGCAGCCCAGCGCUGUGCGGCCCAGUUGGCCUCCGCCCUGGAGCACAUCCACGCACAGGGGCUGGUGUACCGCGACCUCAAGCCCGAGAACGUGCUGGUGUGUGACCCCGCGUGCCAGCGCGUCAAGCUGACCGACUUCGGCCACACGCGGCCCCGGGGGACCCUGCUGCGCCUCGCCGGGCCCCCCAUCCCCUACACGGCCCCCGAGCUGUGCGGCCCGCCGCCGCUGCCCGAGGGGCUGCCCAUCCAGCCCGCCCUGGACGCCUGGGCCCUGGGCGUGCUGCUCUUCUGCCUCCUGACCGGCUACUUCCCCUGGGACCAGCCCCUGCAGGACGCCGACCCUUUCUACGGGGACUUCGUCGCCUGGCUGGCCUCGGGGCAGCCGCAGGACCGCCCGCAGCCCUGGUUCGGCCUGACGCCCACGGCCGACGCUCUGCUGUGGGGGCUGCUGGACCCGCACCCCAGGAAGCGGUGCCCCGUGAGCUCAGUCAGACACUACCUGGGUCAGCCCUGGAGGCAGCAGGAGGGCACGGGCGCAGAGGGCGACGAGGGGGACCAGGUGGACGGAGAAUGA